GAAUUGAAUUGAAUUGAUUCUCAAGCCAACUCGUGUUGUAUGUACACAAAAGUGCACGAAAUUAUUUGUGAAUUAAAACUAUUAUCAAUUAAAACUCAGUGUGACCUUGGCUUAAUUUGAGAUAUAAUUGUUAAUGCAAUGGCGGCAGUUCUAAAAAAACGAGCCUUGGCUGAAUACAAUAAAUCAUUCCAGGAUGGUCCAGCUUCAAAGAAACUCCACCUUGUCAAAAAGCCACUCAUAGGAAGCUCAGCAGCUGCGUUUGUUGGCUUACUUGAAAAGUGCAAAUCAAGUGAUGAGGCCCUACAGUUACUACUCCGUAUAUCAGAUUGCCUUCAGUUUCAAGAAUCAGAUGUUGAGGAGGCAAUAAAGAAGCUUUCAGAACACUUCCAAUCAGAAGAAGAGUCGGUUGUAAGGGUUAAGAUACUGUGGUUAUUCAGUGAUAUUGGGCUGGAGUGCCCCGGAGCAAACCUGAACAAUUUAAUUGAUGAAACAAUACAUUUGAUUAAAAAUGAAACAUCGCAUAAGGUAAUAGCUCAAGGUAUUGCAACAUUAGUAAAACUAGGCAACAAACUAAGUGAGGACAAAAUCCUCAUGGCACGGCUAGUGAAUGUGGCAAGAGAUAAUUUGAAAGACACAAGUCACCAGGUCAAGUGUAGGUGUUUGCAGUUAAUGAGUGAAUUGUACCCAAUAUGCCCUGAGACUGAUAGAACUUUAGAAAUGACAGUAGAGUCAGAUGCUAUGGUUAAAUUGCUUGGAGACUACAGCAACGCAGAGGAUGCAAGGGUGCGUUGUGAAGCCUUCCAGUCACUACUGACAUUACAUGAGCGUGGGUUGACAAUUAGCUUUGACUUGUAUGAUCAAGUGUGUGCAGCACUCUCGGAUGACUAUGAAAUUGUGAGGGAAGUAGCUCUCAAACUUGUGUGGUUGAUGGGCAGCAAGUAUCCCGAAAAUACAGUGACAUUACAAGAUGGAGAAACAACAAUGAGACUAGUAGACGACGCGUUUAUUCGCAUCUGCUCAGCCGUUAACGACUUGUGCAUGCAAGUGCGGGCACUUUCGUGCUCUUUGCUCGGGACUACGCGGGCUGUGUCUGAUCGGUUCUUGUUGCAAACAUUGGAUAAACAGCUUAUGAGCAAUAUGAAGAAAAAGCGCACGGCUCACGAGCGCGGUGCUGAACUCGUGCGGUCAGGUGCGUGGGCGAGCGGGCGGCGCUGGGCGGACGACGCGCCCGGCCAGUUAAUAGAGCAGGCCGCCGUGCAAUUACUGCCAGGUGGCGCGGCGGGCGCAUUCGUGCACGGCUUAGAGGACGAGUUUAUGGAAGUGCGAACGGCAGCUGUAGAGGCAGUAUGCCAGCUGUCAAUGGAAAACCAAGUAUUCGCCAUUACAUCACUAGACUUCCUGGUGGACAUGUUCAAUGACGAGAUAGAGGAUGUACGUCUACGCGCUAUUGAUAGCCUUACACGCAUAUCUCACCACAUCGUGCUGAGAGAAGACCAGUUGGAAAUCAUUUUAGGAGCGCUAGAAGACUAUUCAAUGGACGUCAGGGAAGGGCUACACAGAAUGCUUGGCUCUUGUACAGUUGCUUCCAAAACUUGCCUCGAAAUGUGCAUCGACAAAAUACUCGAGAACCUCAAGCGAUACCCACAGGACAAAAGGUCGACGUUCCGUUGCGUACAACAAAUAGGCAGUAAACACGCGACCUUAGUGUUGCCGUUGACAACACGUCUGCUCGCCGUACAUCCUUUCUUUGACAUGCCCGAACCGGACGUUGAAGAUCCAUCUUAUAUGUGCGUAUUGAUUUUGGUACUGAACGCCGCGCAGCACUGCACUACUAUGUUACCGCUGUUCGAGGAACAUACUGUCAAGCAUUAUACCUAUCUACGCGAUACUAUGCCGCAUUUGGUACCACACCUGCCAAUAGGCGACACAAAACAGUCCCGAAGCGAGAAGAGUGAAGCGGCAAUAGAUGAUAGCGCCGUGAUACGCUUCUUCGACACAGUGUUGCAGCACAUAGACAAUGUCACCCUGUCGACUAUGGUCAGACUCAAAAUGCUGCAGUCGGCAGAAGAACAGCUCAACAAAUUAUCAGAAAUGGAGCCUAUGGUAUCAGGCGCAGCUAACUUCACGGCACUGUUCGCCCGCUGCGUUCUAUCCUUGCACACGGCCUUGAACGCCACCAACGGGCCCCCCACUCACGCUUUGCAACAACUGACAACGGACUGCCUCAGGCUGCAAUACCAGUUCAGUGGUGUAUCGGAACAAGAGAACGCUUGUGUAUGGCAACUUGCUCUAAGGGUGUGCGCGGCGAGACUUCUUGCUGCCGUACAGAAUGCUACAGUAGCUAACACCGGAACUGGUAACACUGGAAACACUGCAAGUGGAAUUGUGGCCUUAUCCGCAGCCACAGCCUUGACCCACCACGCUGAACUGUUGGACCGAAUACUGGCCUCUGCAGGAGUGGAACCAGAUCCGUUCACAAUAGCGGUGUUCCAGCAACUGUCGCAGAGCGGAGAGCACAAGCCGUCGGCGUUGGCGCGCGCGGUGCAACCGCUACUGCUUUCUGCCCCGCUGCCCGUCAUACCGAAACCAAAUCUAAAAAUAAGAAUGUGUUCAGCGAGCAUAAUAGAACCGGCCACAGACAACGACACAGUUCUGCGGUUCUGCGCGGGGCUCAUCACCGGCGUUGCGCUCGAGGCGGAGGUGGUCCGGGUGAAAGACCCGUCCGCACUGCGCGUCCGGGUGGCGUACCCGGACACGCGUGUGCACGCACUGGUACCACCGCGGGACCACUUGCGUCCACUGGACCACACUAACACUAAUGAUGAUGGAACACAAAACGUGCGUCUACUAACUAAAGUGCUGAUAUCGCAUGGCGUAUGGACGGAACCUUGCGGAGUGGACAUAUCCGUAUGCCUCGCGGUAGAAGAAGGUAGCAGUCGGGACGCGGCGCCGUUAGUGGAACUGUGCCGGCCUGUACGCGUCACCGUAGCCCCUAAACCUAUCAAACGGGGUAUUUAGUUACUACUCUUAAACUACAUUACAAAAAAAAUGCAGAGAUCUGUAACGGACUAAUCGUGGUUUAAAUAUUCGGUAUAUAUUAAUGAUGACGAUGGUGCAAACUUUGUUGUACGUAAAUCUAAACUAAAUUGUCUUUUCAAAUCUCUCAAAUAACAUAAAUAGUUAUUAUUUUGAGAUGUACAUGUUAACUUAUUCAUUAUCUAACAAAGGUAAACCAGCUAAGUGUCUAAUGAUAUUGUUAAAAUUUUACAUUAUUUUACAUAGGAAGCAACCUACAAAAAGUGCGAGUGACGUGGUGCGUCGGCGGUAUAUAUAUUUAUUUAUUUAUUUAUUCCCAUCUUACAUUUUUGUCAUUACAGGAAAAAGU